AUGGACAACCUCACAGUCAACAAGCAAAGACCAUCCGGUCUACCUAGACCUUCACGUCUUCCACGGCCGUCAGUUUCCAGAGAAAACUUACAGCAACAGCCUGCCCGACCUACGAAUAGUAUCGUCAACCCACGUUUACGAAGCACCGCAUCGAGGGAUCAAUUAUCUGCAUCGACGCCCUCGAGACAACGUAUUACAGCACCUGCAGCAAGUCGUCUCCCUCCGCGGGCCAUACAGCAUAAGCCAAGCGGUAAUUCCUUUCGAAAGCCCCAAACAGUCAACGAAGAACAAUAUCGGCCAGCUUCGAGUGAGGAGGAGGAUUUGAAAGGGCACAGAUUCUCUCCAGUCAUAUCUGAUGAUGACGAAGGGCGUAGUGGGAGCGCGUCUUCGCGCCCCUCCUUAUCUGAACGCACAAUGGAAACACUACAGCAUAUUCCACCAUCACCGUCCGUUCGAAGAAGACAGUCAAACUUUUUCAUCCCUCAACUUCCUCAACGAUCCAUAUCGCGCGCGAGUUCAUCGUCCAGACCUGAAUCCAGUUAUCAAAAUGAUGGGUCUAUGAGACCACCAUCCCGCCGUUCUGCCAGUUCAAGACCGACGUCGAGCGAGGACUCUGGGCCAAAAAUUCUUGACUUCCGGUCGUCUUCGGGUACCUUCCGACCCCCACCUACAAAUUACCAAGCUUCUACACCGAUGAAACGACCAAGUCCUGCAAAGACACUCAAGACUCCGACGGUUCGAAGCAGCUUCAGUCCCGGAAGUAUAGCACAGCUUCCAUCUCCUGGCAAUGCCUUACAGAGAUCUCCAAGCCCGGUAAAACCAGAAAAGCUCCCUACGAUCAAAUCUGGCAGCAAGACAUUCAGUGCCCGGUCAGUGAAGGAACGUGCUUCAAUGACAGGUCUAUUCCGCAAACCAUCAAUGCCUUUAAUGGACCAGGCAUUUGAGACAGACAGCAUUGGUUUUGUCACAAGGCAGAAGUCAAUGAACUUUAAGGACAUUCCUUCCAAAUCGGUCACAUCUGCUCCUAGUGAGGAUGCUAUCAAAAAGUCAACCGCAACAGACAGUAUAAGCUCUGUUAACAGAAGCAGGUCAAUAGACUUCAAGAGUAUUCCUCACAGAUCUGCGAUAUCAACUCCCAGUGAAGCUGGUCUAGGCUCAGACAGGACGGAGGAAUCUACAGCCCCGAAAUCUUCUUCAUCUCUUAGAGAUCAGAUUGCAAAAGCCAAAGCAGCAAAGCGCGCGGCAGCAAACACAAGCGCCGCAAGCAAUCAUGAAGAAACGCCUGUGAUUCCCACGGCGACGUUUGAUUUCGGUCUUUCAGACGAUCCUUUCAAUCAAAAAGUAGAUCCAAACGCCAGUAAAGGCCUUCUGCGCAAGCGAAUUGCUGCUGCGCGAACCGAUGGACGCCUUAAUAUCGCCGCCAUGGGCUUCAAAGAAAUACCCGAGGAGGUAAUGAACAUGUACAAUCUUGAGGCACUCGGAGAUCAGGGUGGAUCUUGGGCUGAAGCUGUUGAUCUGACAAGAUUUAUUGCGGCUGACAAUGAGUUUGAGAAACUUGAUGAAAAUAUCUUCCCUGAUGUCGACCCACGUGAGGCAAUGGAGGAUGAUGAGUAUACGGGUAAUCAAUUUGGCGGCCUUGAAACAUUGGACCUACACGGCAAUUUCUUGAAAGAGAUUCCUAUGGGUCUUCGUAGACUUGAGCAUUUGACAUCUUUGAACUUGUCAAACAAUAAAUUAGGCAAUGAAUGUCUCCAAAUUAUUACACAAAUUACAUGUUUGCGAGAUCUUAAAAUGGCAGGCAACGGGCUCUGUGGAACUCUAAGUCCAGAUAUAGAAAACUUAAAAAGCCUUGAGGUUCUAGAGAUACAACGCAAUGCUCUUGAUACAUUUCCGGAUAGUUUAUCACAGUUAGAUCGAUUGAGGGUUCUUAAUAUAACCGAGAACAGAUUUCGAUCGCUACCUUUCGACAUCCUCAGUCGUCUGCCCCUUAUCGAGCUUAUAGCUGUCAAAAACGGGCUUGUCGGUACUCUUGUUACUGGGGCUGUAGAGAAGUUAUCGCAACUCCAAGUUUUGGAUGUCACCAGUAAUGCUAUCACGUCUCUUUCUGAAUCAGAGCUUGAUCUUCCUUCGCUUCAUCAGUUGAGUUGUUCCGCAAACCGCAUUACAAGUUUGCCGGAUUUGACUUCCUGGGUAUCUCUACGUACACUCACUGCUGAGGAUAACAAUCUGUCUGAGCUACCAGCUGGUUUUGUCGAGCUUCCCAAGGUUAAAAAUGUCAAUUUUAGCGGCAACAAUAUCAAAAUUCUGGAUGACAGAAUUGGUAGAAUGGAAAAUCUUGACAUAUUUCGAGUAAGCGGAAACCCACUAAGAGAAAAGAAAUUCUCAGCCAUGUCUACCGAAGAUCUGAAAAACGCCCUGCGAGCCCGAAUUACAUCAGCCGAGCCAGAGAAAGACGAGUUCUUAUCUGAGCCGAGCACCCCAAGCACUUCGAGUCGACCGACGUCUUCUCAUUGGCCAGUCAAAGCAGGAGGAAUUCUCGAUCGAUCCAGCACGAGUUCACACUCCCUCAAUCCAGUGAUAGCUGCAGAAGUUGCUGCACACGAUACGAUCAAAGUCCUACACUUACAACAUAAUAAGUUCAAAGAGAUACCUACCUCUAUUGCUUUCUUUGCAUCCACUCUCACGUCCUUGUGUAUCGCUCACAAUGAGUUGACUAGCGACACGUUUCUGAAGGAUGAUUUAGACCUACCUGCACUAAAGGAACUGAACCUUAGCUCCAACACUUUCAGUUCCCUACAACCACUGAUACAACAUCUACAAGCCCCGAACCUAGAGAAGCUUGAUAUCAGUUUCAAUCGUUUAACUUCACUACCUGUUCUGAAACCCCACUUCCCGAGCUUGAUAUUUCUUAUGGCAUCACACAACACAAUCCGUGAAUUGAUGCCAGAAGCCGUUCAAGGCCUGAGACUUCUAGAUUGCAGCAGCAAUGAGAUAAACAACCUUAAUUCUCGUAUUGGGCUUUUGGGUGGACCAAACGGACUACAGACUCUGGACGUAAGUGGGAAUCGUUUCCGUGUGCCAAAAUAUACGAUUCUGGAGAAGGGUACGGAAGCUACGCUUGCAUGGUUGAGAGAUAGAAUACCUUCUGCAGAAAUACCCGGGGAGGAAACUAAUCCUACGGAUGUUGAUUAA